UUCGAGAUGCACCCGAGCAAACGCCUCAGACAGUGGAAAGAACCCUGGAUGUACGUGAGGUGUUUACAUCCCUCAGCGGGGCCGAUGCAGGUCUCUGAAAUAUCAGAGAGUUCCUAAAGACUGCCCAUCACAUAUGUUCAGAGCCAAAGAUGCAGUGAUACAGUUUACCUCCACAGAGCGAGCCCACAUCCAUUAAACCGGCCUGGCUUCCUGCUCCAAUGACCCGCCUCCUCUGAGCCCGAGUCCACCUCCAUCGCCUGAACGUUGACCAGUGGGCGGGGGCCCAGCCCUGCCCGGAGGGCGUGGCCCGCGAUGGACAGCCGAUGCAGCAGCAGCGCCGAUUCACGGCUGAACGUCAGGGGGGUGGGGUCUAUCAACGCCACGGCCAUCUCUGCAAGGGUGGAGUCGUAUGAAGCCGCGGAGAAGAAGUGCAUCUCCGAUGUGAGGAGGACCUUCUGCCUCUUCGUCACCUUUGACCUCUUGUUCAUCACCUUGCUCUGGAUCAUAGAACUCAAUGUGAACGGCGGCAUUCAGCAGCAGCUGGAUAAAGAAGUCCUGCACUACGACUACCACGCGUCUUUCUUCGACAUCUUUCUCCUGGCUGUUUUCAGGUUUGCCGUUCUCAUCUUGGCCUACGCCGUCUGUAAGCUUCGCCACUGGUGGGCCAUCGCAAUCACCACUGCAGUCAGCUGUGCUUUCCUGAUUGCUAAAGUCAUUUUAUCAAAGCUGCUGUCUCAGGGGGCCUUCGGGUACCUGCUGCCCAUCAUCUCCUUCGUGUUGGCCUGGAUAGAAACAUGGCUGCUCGACUUCAAGGUUCUGCCUCAGGAGACCGAAGAUGAAAACAGAUAUCAGUCCAUCAUGGACGCCACAGAGCGAGCUCCUCUCAUGUAUCCGGGUCCCGUGUCCGACGGACAGUUCUACUCUCCACCAGAAUCAGUGGCAGACUCUGACGAGGAUCUGGAUGAUAAACAUGAUCCAGAAAAAGGGCUCAUUCAGCAGGUGACUUAACAGGAUCUCCACUUCUAAGUUCUUCUCCUGCUCCUGUUGUGCUACUGAGGGAAAAUUCUGCCUUACACUUUCUGACAUUUUAGUUUUUAUUCAUCUCAAAGAAGUCUUUGUAUACUCAUACCCACGAAUGCACUUCAGUUUCUGAUGUCAGCCUUCUGCAUGUACUCUGAGAAUGGAAAAGUGCUGCUUAAAAAGCAGUUUUGUUAUCAUGACCUCUUGGUUAUUUUUAGGAUUUUGUUUUUCUGGACCUUCGAGGAGAAUCCAUAUUAACAGAUAUCUCACAUGAAAAUUGCACACUGUGUCCGAGACUCCUGGAUAUGUGAGGAGAAUUCGGUAAAAUAAAGAUUAAAUCAGUACAUUUUAGAUGAAUUUUCAGUAUCAAACCAACUGUUUAUUUCUUCUCUAAGACAUUAAUGUCUUAAAUUUCCAGUGUCACGUUUACCUUUGAUUUGCUGAUCAUUUUUAAAUGCCUGGGUUUGAAGUCACUGUAAAGGAAAAUAAGCUUGCUCCGUUGUGUGAAGAAAAGAAGGAUUUUUUUGGGCCAGUAUUGAGUUUAUGGACCAUGUUUGUAGCAUGAGAGGCAGAACAUUUACAGUUUACUGAGUUUAUUAAACGACUCUCACAAAUGUAUUUGACUACUUCCAGGUCUUAAAAAGCACUGAAACUAUUUGCAUGGAACAUUGGAACGAUAGAUAAAGAAAUAAAUAUAGAAGUAUUACACUUCAAAACAAAACAAGCUAUAAAUCUGCAGCAUUUAAAAAUGAAGGCUGGGGAUACUGAACUGUUUGAACUGUAAACUGCUCUGAAAAGCUGCUGGAGCUUGAGCUGAGCUGAAAAAAAUGAAUAAGUGUACAUAUCUUCAUGCAUGCCUUGCAAGCCCAGUGGUUUUGUUUUUACAAAAAGCUUGUCUGUAAAAUAGAAUCAUUAAAAUGUGAAACUUUCA